AAAUUCCCUCCGGCUAUCCAUUCCAGUCUCUCCCAGACUCCUUCCGAAGACACUACCCAUACCUUCUCCAGCCAACCGCCGCGUCAGAGGCAGAUGAGUUGGGCUCCAGUGUCCCUCUGCCCACCAGCAGCCCCGAGCGCUUGGCACUUUCUCCAGAGGUGAAGCCCAUUCACCUUUCCCCAUCCAAGAUGGUCAAGCCCAUCCAGACGGUGGAGGAAGAAGAACCCUUGGAAGAACGGGUGAAAACGGAGCUGGAGCUGGACAAUAGCCAAGAAGAAGGUAUCCGCGAACAGGAUAUGGGGGCCCUGGAUAUGGCCACUUCCGUUGCUCUCCCUGUUGAGGACACCAAUGAUUGCGAUCUUCCGUUGCACCACGGCAAAGCCCUCAGGAGUUCAGUCCGUGAGGAAGUUCUUGAGGAUUGCCAAACUGUCUAUCCAGGGAUGUCCUGCUCGGUGGAAAUGGAAGCCCAAGCAGAAGAGACCAAUGAUGGUGAAACUUGCCCCAUUCAUGACUAUGGUGGGAGUUUGUUACAGAGAGAUCCUGAACCGUCUGAGAUGGGAUUGGUUCCUCAGCCCGAGAAGUCACCAUUGGCUGUAGAGAUGCCCCAUAUCAGAUCUCCCCCAAACAGAGAAUUUCCCAGCAUGCUUCAGGAAGAGGAGGAACCCAUGGUAGAAGGCCCCAUCUACAGGAAUGAGAUCUAUUCCUGCCCGGUCCCAUCUCUGGACAUCAAAAUCGAUGACCCCUUGGCUGGUAUGAAUGCCUUAGCAGCAGCAGCUGAAUUACCCCAAGCGUGUUCCUUGCUCACAAACAGCGAUGGUGUCCCUCAGGAGGCAGUGGUGAACUUAGAAGUGUCUUCCAGCCUGUCCCCAGAACACACUUUUCUGCACGGAAUUACCCUCUUGAGCGAAAUCGCAGAACUGGAGUUGGAGAAACGGCGGCAGGAAACCGAAGGUCCUGAGAACUUCUCGGCUCAUCCAGCCUUGGAAAGCCUCUUAGCUGCUGGUACCCAGAUGCUGAUGGAAGUUCUCUCCACCCCCUUCAUGGAUAGCCUGAAGAACAUCCGUCUGCCUCGGGAACUGAACCCCAAUAAGAAAUACAGCUGGAUGCAGAAGAAAGAUGAGACGAUGUAUUCCAUUAAGUCAUCCAUUGGGAACAUGGAUGGCAUGGAACUGGAUUACAGGAUGAAGUUAGCUGAGCUGCAAAGGAGAUACAAGGAGAAGCAGAGGGAAUUGGCGAAGCUGCAACGGCGGAGAGACUCCGAGUAAGUUACCCAGGGCCCUUCAGAUCUCCUUCUGCACCUGCCUGUUGGGCUGGGCAGUGGCACCAUCUUUGAGUCUUGCACCAUCUUGGCUUUUCCACCCCUCUUCUUGUGUUCUCCAUG